AAAAAAAACUGUUAGUACGUGAAAACAAAGCCGAUGUUGUCCGAUUGCAUCUGCAAGAUACCAACACCAAGUACAAACACAUUUGUAAUCGAUUGGAUGACAAAAUACCCAAUUGGCAGUCUUUAGGAAUUCCAAUUUCUGUCAGAGAUACCAGAUCUCCGACGAAUUUUCAGAUGAAACUUUCAUCUCUAACUGGUGGUCGUCGUCAAAUUCAAGAUUUGUUGCAUCAUCAUCGUCAUGUAUACUGCUAAUCUUCUAGGAUUUGGUCUGGCCGUCUCUUCCAGUGCAUUCAUCGGAUCAAGCUUCAUCAUAAAAAAGAAAGGGCUCCAAAGGGCUGGUGCUUCUGGUACUCGUGCGAGCUCUGGAGGAUACGGUUAUCUGCUAGAGCCACUGUGGUGGAUUGGCAUGUUGACUAUGGUUGUUGGAGAAUUUGCGAAUUUUGUAGCUUACAUCUAUGCUCCAGCUGUUCUUGUGACUCCCCUGGGAGCAUUGAGUAUUAUCGUCAGUGCGGUUCUAGCACAUUUCUUACUCAAUGAGAAAUUGCGGAAAAUGGGAAUAUUAGGUUGUGUGCUUUGUAUAGUGGGGUCAACCGUUAUUGUGCUUCAUGCCCCUGGUGAACAUAGCAUAAGCUCCGUGGAAGAAAUUUGGGAUUUAGCAACACAACCAGCUUUUCUUUUGUAUACAGCUUCAGCAAUAGCUGUGGUCCUGGUAUUGGUGUUGUACUGUGAACCACGCUAUGGACAGAGUAAUAUGAUGGUGUAUAUUGGCGUAUGUUCGAUAAAUGGUUCAUUGACGGUUAUGAGCGUCAAAGCAAUAGGUAUCGCCAUAAAACUUACAUUAGAGGGUUCAAGCCAGGUGGCAUGCUACCAAACAUGGAUUUUUGUAAUGGUAGCUGCUACAUGUAUAGUUACUCAAUUGAAUUACUUAAACAAGGCCUUGGAUACAUUUAACACCGCAGUUGUUUCACCAAUCUAUUAUGCCAUGUUCACAUCUUUCACAAUUCUCGCUAGUGCCAUCAUGUUCAAGGAUUGGUCUGGUCAGAGUGCUAGCACGAUUAUUUCUGUGCUCUGUGGGUUCAUGACCGUGCUUUCUGGUACCAUGAUUUUGCAUAGCACAAGAGAACCCGAUCCACCCCCUGUUUCAGACAUGUAUUCAUCACUCUCUCCUCAAAUAUCAUGGAUCGUGCAUGCAAAUGGGGAAAUAUGGAAGCAGAAAGAUGACGAAGAAUCAUGCCCCGAAGUUGUUGCCAUAAUUCAACCCGACCAUUUCAAAUGAUGGAUGCACAUUCAUUAAGAAUGCACAGUUCCUGUCCAAGGCCGAUGGAAAUGCCUUAAAAAUGAUUUUGAUGGCAAUCGCCAAGUUUAUAGUGCCUGCCUUUCUGCAUUCUCAGUGGCCUGCCCUGAGGUGAGGAAGCAUUAGACAUUUAACAUGCCCGUCUUUAUUUGAUCUUCCCAUGAAAAUACAAGUGACUGAUAUCUAUUCGUUCGCUAUUUAUGCCCCAAUAGUGGUAUCAUUGAUGGCUAAUUCGUUAAUAUUAUUUACAUUUUACCUUAGCUGGUGUUUUGCUUUGUAAAUGUUUAA